AGGUAUCUCUUUCUCACACACACACUCGCCCAUCUGGAUUUGCUUCGAGCCAAUUGCAGCUCUUGCAUUUUGAUUUGUCAGAUGCAACUAUACUUUAUCAUCUGCAUUUUCUCACUCGUGCUAACGUUGAUUAGAGAACUCAUUCUAAUAUAGUUUCAAUUAUCAAAUCCAAUUUUCAUAAUAACGAUUGUCGGCAGAGGAAGAGAGAGAGAGUAGUGAUGGACCUUCAAACUCCAUGUUGUAAUGCCUGUAUGCUGAUUAACAGAAAACCAGCUCCUCCUAAACUGUCAUUUUCCAGAAACAACAUCAGCAUACCAAAAUACCGAUGUAAAACUGUGUCAGAGCUCCAAUCAACAGCCUCUGUUAACGGGGGCGCACGCCCCUCUUCGGUUCCAUCGCACAAAGUCACCGUACACGACCGUCAGCGCGGCGUCGUCCACGAAUUUUAUGUCCCUGAGGACCAAUAUAUCUUGCACACUGCAGAGGAUCAGGAUAUAAAGCUACCUUUUGCUUGCAGGCAUGGCUGCUGUACCAGCUGUGCUGUCCGUAUAAAGUCUGGAGAACUCAAACAGCCAGAAGCACUAGGGAUAUCUGCUGAAUUAAAAUCUCAGGGGUAUGCACUUCUGUGUGUUGGCUUCCCAUCGUCUGACCUGGAGGUUGAAACACAAGAUGAGGAUGAGGUAGUAUACUAUAUGCAUCUAAAAACUUAUUUUUGCAUAUUAGUUGCGCCUUUAUUCGUUAAGAUAAGUAUAACUUGGAAGACGAGUACUUGUAGUUAUAACUUUUAUUUUAGUUCGGGUCUUCUCCUUUUAGGCUUUCCUACUGGGUUUCUUAUGUUUGAAAAGCUAUUGUCUACUUUAUAUACAUAGGAAGUGGAUCCUAUAAAUUUUUGUCCUAGUGUAAGAACCAACUAUCAAUCUGGACUAUUGAUUUUGUAUGAUCUACAAUUGUCAUAAAAAAGAAUCGUUACAAUAUGGAGUAUAAAAACUUAUGAUUAAAGAAGCAUUAUAUAUAAAGAUGUAUUAUCAUAAAAACACAUUAUUAUAUAUGUGAAGAAGCAUUUUUCUACAUUUCCAGACUAGAGGUGGUUGCUACCAUUA